GUUUAUUUACAAACUGCACUUUAUUUACUUGACAACGCGCAACCCGGUUGCAUUUCUCCGGGUAAACCAAUCGGGCGUGCAACGCUGCUUGCACAAAGGUUGCACACAUUCCAUUUUGUCUUCAACUUGCAGACACACGUUAAAAUAUAUUUGAAAUUCAGCUAGUUGGACUAACCGGUUAUCGCAGAAAAAAUGAUGACUCCAACACUGCUAGGGAUUCUGCUAAUAAUAACAGCACCAUUACCCUUUUGCAACGCACAAGUUGACGAACGCCCCGUUAUCUUACCAACCCCAGUUCGCGGCAUUGAUUGCAUCUGUGACUACAAUGCUAACCCUUGUCGCUGCAAGUUUGAAGUUGAACAUCUUUUGACGAUGAUAUACCAGGAGGGUGAUGAGACAUACCUUGUUAAACCGUAUAAAGGAAAGUUGAUGGCCAACAAAACCAUUCUGAAUGCAAGUCAGGCUGAACAAGUGAUUACAGCAGACGGAGAAGGUUCAAGACUAGUUAUUGGAAUCAAUGGAAAGUUUCCUGGCCCGAUGAUUGAUGCGUAUGAGAAUCAAGAAAUAGAGAUAACUGUUGUCAACCGAUUCCAUACGGACAGUGUAACGAUUCAUUUCCACGGUCUCCAUCAAGUCGGACGGCCAUCGAUGGACGGAGUAGCUUUCGUCUCACAAUGCCCAAUUCUUCCCGGACAAACAUUUGUUUACAAGAUCAGAGCAAGCCCUACUGGAACAAGUUAUUAUCACGCUCAUAUCGGGGACCAGAGAAGCAUGGGCUUGUAUGGGCCUCUUGUUAUAAGGAAACCCCAAAGCGCUGAUCAAUUCUUUGGAGAAAUUAUCGUAACUCUCCAGGACUGGAAUCAUGACAUGGAUUCCGAAACAGCAUAUCAACGAAUGAUAACCGAACAGUUUGACAGCGCAGGAAACAAGACCCCUACAACGUUUUCAGUAGACAAUGCUAAAUUUAGCAGGUUUGUAUUUCAUUCUGGUCUUGUAAAUGGUAAAGGAAGGUAUUGGCCAACGAAUUCUACACACAACGGAGCGCCCCUUGAAAGAUUUAUUGUUCGAAAAGGACAAAAAUUUAGGUACAGAAUUAUUGGCGCUCAAACACUCUAUCCAAUGAGAGUGUAUAUACAAGAACAAACUCUUUCACUGAGGACGUCAGACUGCUAUAAUCUUAAGCCAAUAGAAGUUCAGUCAAUAAUUGUACAUCCGGGUGAACGGUUCGAUUUCACGUUUAGUUUUGGCAGUGCUUCAAGAAAAGAAUACCUUUUGGUUGCAGAAACUAUUGAAACUCGCGAUAGUCACAAUAGCUACCAUGCGGCUGAAGCAGUAAUUGAAAUUGAGGAUUUUAAUGGACAACGGAACGAUAACCCCCAAAACUACUACAACGAGACGGAAGUUUGCAAUGACGUUGCAAAAUGCGCUGUUUUUAAUUGCCCAUACGGAAGUCCUGGUACAAAUUCUCAAAACUGCCUAAACUUUAACCACGUCACAAACACAGAGCCUAACAGGGAUCCUUCUAGUAUUAUGAACAUUGACGAAGAAUACUUCUUCAACUUUGCUUUUCCCGGGGGGAAGUAUACACCAGGGUCAGUAAAUGGUCGAGAAUUUGUGUCCCCUGUAUCACCAGUUUUAACACAGCCUGACUCACUGAAGACACAAUGCGAUGAAAAUGACUGUACCAAUGACAUUUGCAAGUGCACAUAUAUUGUGGACCUACCAAAGGACAAGGUCAUUCAGCUGAUCUUUACUAACCUUGGCACUGGGUCGGGUUGGUCCCAUCCUGUUCAUUUGCAUGGUCACACUUUCUUUGUAAUGAAAAUGGGGUUCGGUGCAUACGAUGAAACAAACGGGCGUCUCAUAAACGACACUGCAGACAUCAUGUGUACAGAUUUGAACAACUUUUGCACGGAUAUGCGAUGGACCGAUUCUACUUGGACAGGUGGAAACAUUCCUGACCUGAAUAACGAUCCUCCCCAAAAGGAUACCAUAGUCGUGCCGACCGGCGGUUACGUUGUUGUCCGCAUAAUAACAAACAACCCUGGUAUGUGGUUCCUCCAUUGUCACAUCGACCUCCACAACACAAAUGGAAUGGCCAUGGUUAUAAAUUCCGGACAAGGGUCGCAUCCAGAAACACCGGAAGGAUUUCCAACAUGUGGCAACUUUUUGAACGAUGGAGAAUCGGAUGAUGUAUUUGCCAAGAUAUGGCCCGGAAAGUACCCAAUUUUGAAAUGGAUCAGAAACGAGUACACCACUUCCUCUAUGGUCUGUAGUAGUAAUGGGUUCUCUCGGAGGUCUUUGCCUCAUAUUGAUCAUCUGUAUCAUAAUAUUAUGGUAUGCAGCAAGGAACUGAGUUUAAAAUGCUGUGCAGGCCGAUUUCGAUGUGGGUUGGAUGUAUCUGUAUGCUAGCUGGAAGAUGUUUUAUGUUUAAGGUGCGUUUUUCGCGCCGCAUAUUUCCUACCUUUUUACUCAUUUAUAAACACACCAAUUUCCAUACAUAUUUCUACAGAACCUUUACACAGGGGAGUAUCACGUGAUCGCUAUAGUACAUCGGCCGAACAAGAUGGCGAAUAAUUCGCCCGCUUCAACGCAUAAUUUCCGAAAAACAGACAACACGCGAGUAAACUGUAUUACAAUGCGGAUACUCUGCGCCUGUUAUAAGACCCUUUCGUAAUAUUCACCAUCCGUAAAUGCCGAAAUUAUUAUUAUAAUAAGGAUAUAAUGUGGAAUUGUUUUAUGUUUUACAAUUUCAUUACAUUAUUUCGAACAUGCUUUUGAAGAUAUGCACAAUACUGACUGAUCUAUUAAUUUUCCGUUCAGCGACUAAUUAUCUGCAUUUUUAACAAGUUGUACUGUAAACGACAAACAACAAUAUAACGAGCAGCUGCUUGACUUCCUAUAUCCUAAUCAGAUCUGUAAUAUAUUAUUUCUCUGACACUGCCUUUCAUGGCAAAGAUUGGAUACAUUGAUGUUAACCAUGUGGUGUCACAAUUGGUGAAAAUGAUAAUGUGUAUCUAUUACAAAAUCAUACGUGUUUAGCUAUUAUGAUAGGGUAUUUGUCCGUCGUCCGUCGUCAUCAUUUUCUUUCAAACAGCUUGUCCUCCUUAACAACUGGGGCAAUUUUAACCAAACUUCAUAUCAAUGUUCCUUUAGUAGUCCUCUUCCGGGUUCCUUCAAUAAAAGUGUUUCCAUGCAGAAUUCUUGUUGCCAUUGCAACCGAAAUGAAUAGAUAGAUAGACAGAUUUAUUUCGGCAUAGGAAGCAUAUACAUAGUUAACAACAUAACAUAGGAUAAAAUAAUGAGCAUUAUUAAAUACUAUAUCACAUACGAGAAAACUAUGACAUACACACCAACACCAAGGAUAACACAAAAAAGGGCAAGCCCUUAUUUCCAUUGUGGUCCUUUGUAUUGGCGGCAUGACACAGAGAGGCGGACCUAAAUAUAAUCAUGUGUAAAAGUACUAUUGAGUCAUAAAAAUGUAUAUCACAGUCAAAUCUUGAUUUAGUGACACUCCUGUUUGCAGCUAGGAUUUAAAACACAUUUCUAAAAUUGUAAAAAGAUAUUAGCAAACAAUUUAAAAUCCUGAGCCGAAAUAGGUAAAAACAAUUUUAAAUACUGUUCAUAAGAUGCCUUUUGAUGGCAACCUUAAAACUUUGUAACCUGUUGAUCUCCGUUAACUCUACAGGUAAAUCAUUCCAUAGUUUAAUUCCAGAGAAAGCAAAGGACUUAGAACCAUGACUUUUGACUUUAGGUAGACAAUACCCACCCUUUUGACUAAGUCUUGUACUAUAAUUAUGUACGGAAUCUUGCGAAAUAAAGUGUUCACCCAUGUAAUCCGGAGACAGGCCAUUUUUUAUCUUAAAAACAUGACACAACAUUAUCUGUUCAACUCUUCUGUGGACCGGUAACCAGCUAAGGGACUUAAAGUGGGAUGGGUCAAUAUGGGCUCUGGAAUCUAAGUCAAGUACAAAUCUCAUUAUUUUAUUUUGACAAGUUUGUAACUUAUUUUUUAAAGACUGUGUCAAGCUAUUAUACCAAACAGAGCAUGCGUAGUCAUAGUGACACUGAAUUAGAGACAUAACCAGAAGUUUCUUGGUAUGCUGAGUAAGAAACUCUUUCUUGCGGUAAAGAAAUUUUAACCGAGAGUUGGCCUUCUUAAGAACAGACUCGGCCAUGGAGCAAAAUGACAGAUUUUGGUCUAUAGUAAUCCCAAGAUACUUGAUAGAUGAAGUUGAUUCAAUGGAUGUACCAGAACAGGUUAUAUGCAGGUUAGAUUGUGACCUAAGCUUUUGCUUGGACCCAAAUAAAAUUGACUCGGUUUUACCCAAGUGCAGUGACAACUUAUUGUCCACUAACCAUUGGCUGACCAAAUCCAUAUCAUCUGUCAGCGCCUUUUCAACAACAGAUAAACUUUUACCAGAUACCAGGAUACCAGAAUAAAUCGUCUGCUUAGAAUAUGCUGGCCCGUUUUUAUAAUAACUUCACAGAAAUGUUCUUUAAGUGUCUUCAUCCAACGUUGUUUCGUAAAAAGAACGGCCGCCAGUGGGUAAGGCUACUUUUCACUAUAUGUCUUCAUGGAAAAUUUUGAAAAUCUUCUCUCAGAAACCAGUAGCCCGAUGUCAAAACAUUUUGUUAUUUAUUUAAACAUAUUCUUUGAUGUUACUUUUCCUAACAGUGUAAAAAAUGUUUGUAUUAUAUUUAUUCGUACGUUUUCAAUAGCUGUUGUUAUUUAAUAAGUGCUAACGAAGGACUCGCGGAGGAUAUUUUGUAAUAUUUACAUCUCAGCUCGGCAAUUGCGAAUAUUUUCAGAUGAACGCAACAUAUUCGGAUUUGUUCGGAUCGCGAAUCAAUGCAUAACAAUAUCCAUGUAAAAUUGAAAAAAAAGAAUAUCUUGUGAGUUUUUGUAUUGUAUUAGGAAGCUCCGAAAAAACCUUAAAUCAUUAUGAUAGAAAGUGUUGAUUUAUAUGUUAAAUGAAUUGUUGUCAUUGUUUCAAUUUUACGUUUGAGUUGAAGUGAUUGAUUUUUUCCACGCGUUAUCGGACAUAAUGUGAUUAACUGUUUUCGGUUACGGUCGGGUCGUUCUAUGUACGGAAUAGGUGAUAAAAAUUACUGUGAGUUUUCAACAAUUCUUGAAUGAAAUAAUGAACUAUUGUUGUAAAAACUAGAAAUGAAUUGCGUGAUUGAUGUCAUUAUCGGGGCUAUGAACGCAGUUGGGCUCGAUAAAGUACGCAUUAAAGCUCACACUUAAACCAGCCCAACUGCGUUUUUCAACGACACACACUUAACCAGCCCAACUGCGUUCAUACCCCGAUAUUAACAUCAAUCCCGCAAAUCAUUUCUUAAAUCUUAAAUAUAUGAUGACUCUUGACAUAUCCUAUAUGUAUGUUUAUAUAAUAUUGUGAAACAGUUUGUAUUUCAUAUGAUUAACCACUCUUCUUUGCACUGACCAUGACCGAAGUCACAUUGUACUAAAUAUGACACUGAUAAAUACAUUGUUUGUAUUUUAUGUCCUAUGUUUACAAUUCCAGUUUUUAUUUACCUAUACUGAGAUGUGUUGUAGUGUUAUAGUUAGAAGUGUACAUACAAUAAAUCAUUAUCUUA